AAAAGAUAAAAGAAAAACUCUGCAAAUGAAUUAUUAGUUAAAAACCUAGGGCAAAUGUUCUUAUCAAAAAUCUUCACCAGACACCUCCUCUUUUUCUCUCCAAGUUUUCCUCCUCUCUGCUCUGUCUAGACGAAGAAUAGGAGGUCAAGGCAUGUCUUCUGAUGCUGCAAAAAGAGUUGCUUCGACAGUUGAUUCAUCCAUGAAUGAAUGCAAAAAGGAUAUGACAAGCUUGCAUGAUUCUGUUUCGCCAAGGGGUACGUCAAAUGAGGGAACAUUUCUCUCGGAGCCAGAAGAGCUAGGGCUUUCUCGUGACCGGAUGGGAUCGCAAAAUAGCCCUGAAGGGAUGACUCUCUGCGUUACUAAGAGCGCUAGAAUGAGUUUCACCAAAUCCGUCAACAUGAGUGGUUUCUUCCAAGGGUAUGCUCAAAUGAUGUCUUCCGUUGGUUGGAGGAGGGAUAGCAUUUGGAAUCAAGGAAGUGGAAAAAAUAAUCCAUGGGGCCGUAGUUUCAAAGUCAAGUGGCUACGUCUAAAUGACUUGCCGUUUCAGCAGACUCUCCAUUUGAAAAAUCCAUGGAAUGACUUCAAGCCUGUCAAAAUCAGCAGAGACUGUCAGGAGUUGCCUGGGGAUAUUGGUGAAGCUCUUUGUCAGCUUCUUGAUGAAGGUUAUGGUACGGAUGCUAUCCUGAGAAGGGAUGAAGUUCCUGGCGGUGAUUUUUCCGUACGAACUCCUUGUGAAUUCCAUUCUGUACAACUUGAGGAUUUUAAUGGGCCACCAAUGCAUAUGGCACCUUUGCUUUACCCGUCUUUGUUAUAUCAACAUCAAGCUGAACUCACUGGGUUUCAGUUGCCACACCAGACACCUGGGUUGAUUCUUAAUAACUCUUCAAGUGUCCCUGAGGCGCCAAAAUUAAAACAAUCAAGGAGUUUCCGAGUAAAUGGAAGCUCAGCUAAUAGGACUGAUAACCAAAUUAACAGUUGGGGCUUGCCAGCAGAGAGGACCCCCUUUUCUGGUACUUUGACAGAAGAUGAUAUACUGGGAAUGGCUGCCGGGCGAUCCACAAGCUUACAGAAGUCGUCAUCGAGUAAAGAACGUUCUGAAGAUUCGCAAUCAGCCAGCAGUUCAAAGAAAAGGACUUACAGUCAAUCCCUUGAAUGAGAUUUACUUGGAUCAAGUUUGUGAUGUAACAAUGAGCUGCAGUUUCAUUUACCCGCGAAGCGGCAUUUGCUUUGAACCUUUCUUCUUUUUUUGCGGAAAAAUUGCACCUUUUGUCCUGAUAUUCAGGAGUCAUUGCUUAAUUCCUGUUGUAACAUUAGUUGUACUACAUGUUAUGUUGUGGCUAUGAACUUGUACAUAAGAAGUUACAUGUGCAUUUCGUUCUCCAGAAUAACCAAUUGGUCAGACCUUUGAAAACCAUCCCCUUUGUACAGCAAAAUUAUUUUGUUGGUUAAACCAUGUUUUUUUUUUUUUUUAAUUGC